AUGGCGUUUGUCCCUGAUUUGGACACACUGGAGAGCAGCAGCCUGAAUGAAGAGACGUUUUAUGGCCCAAACUGCCUCUGCCUGCAGAAGAAACCCCGCCUGGACUUGGAAGCGACAUCACCCGGAGUGGGCAUUCAGGUGAUGGCGACCAAGGGACACCCCACCAGGACCUUUCGCCGUGCCGCUGUCCUCAUGGUGGCCAUCAGCAAGCUCCUGAAGCGACCGGCACACAAGGACUUUGCUGACAGUGACCUUGGGGACUUCCUGGAUGAUAUUUUUGAGCCCGUUUCCUUCCGCCGGAUCGAGAGCAGCUACGCCGGGGCACCCGUCUACCGCUACACCCGCUCCCAGUCCUUCGACAUCCUCGACAUCGCCCAGAAGUGCUUCGUGCUGGAGUCACCCACCCAGCUGGUGGCUCUGCACCUGCAGGGACCCUCCGCUGGGCAGAAAGUGAAGCUCAACAUCGCUCUGUACCGUCCCCGGUCACCGCAGGACGGCCUGGGCAGCGGGCGGGUGCCGGUGGCCUUGGGCAUCAAGGGCUACCAGCUCUACAUGUCGUGUGUGCUGAGCGGCGCUGAGCCCGUGCUGCAGCUGGAGGAAGCCGACAUCAGGAGGGACAUCGAGAGCGUGGAGCUGACCCGCUUCAUCUUCUACCGCCUGGACAGCCCGACCGAGGGGACAACCCGCUUCGAGUCGGCCGCCUUCCCCGGCUGGUUCAUCUGCACGUCCCUGCAGCCCCGCCAGCCCGUCGGCAUCACUGACAAGCCCGACCAGGUCAAUAUUGCCACCUACGCGCUGAGCGGGCACUGA